AUGGAGGAACAGUCACAAGAACAGAGGACCAUGGUGAAGACUCACACUCCCUCCAUUCCAUAUCCUCAAAGGUUUAACAAGGAGAUCAAAGACCAACAGUUCCCUAAGUUCCUAGAAGUGUUUAAGAAGCUAGAGAUCAACAUCCCACUUGCUGAGGCUCUAGAACAAAUGCCUUUAUAUGCAAAAUUCCUCAACGAGCUUAUCAACAAGAAAAGGAGUUGGAAUGAGAAGGAGACGGUCAUUCUAACACAAGAAUGUAGUGCUGUCAUACAAAGAGGUCUUCCUCCAAAGCUCAAAGAUCUAGGAAGCUUCAUCCUAUCCUGCACUAUAGGCAACAGAACAUUGGACAAAGCUCUUUGUGACUUAGGAGCCAGCAUCAAUUUGAUGCCCCUCUCACUAAUAAAGAAGCUUGCAAUAGAGAAAGUCAAGCCCACCAGGAUGUCACUCCAAAUGGCUGACAGAUCACUUAAGAUACCAAAUGGGGUUGUGGAAAACUUAUUAGUGAAGAUUGGAGAGUUUAUUUUCCCUGCUGACUUUGUUAUCCUAGACAUGGAAGAAGAGGGACAUAGUUCAAUCAUAUUGGGACAGCCUUUCUUAGCAACAGCAAUAGCCAUCAUUGAUGUGGAGAAAGGGGAGAUGACCCUCAGGGUGCAUGAUGAAAAGAUGAUCAUCAAUAUCUUCAAAGCCAUGCAAUACCCUCUAGAGAAGGAAAGGCAUAUGAGAGUAGAGAUGAUAGAAGAAGUGGAGGAGGAGCUACUGGAAGAUGACAACCAGGAGAAACAAGAAGAGGAAAUGGAGGUGGAACAAUAG